UUAUUUUUAUUUUAUGAUAACUCGGUUAUAGAACCUGAGAAAUCUCAGCCCUGAGACCUUAGGAUUCUCAGCCCUGAGACCUAAAUUCCCAAGCCUUGACCACCAGGACAAGUUUAAAUUAGGGGUAGUCUCGUUUAUCAUCCUAUGUAUUCGAAAUUGCUAUGGGUCUGAGUUUUUCUUUUUAUUAUGAUCAAGAAAAUUUGAUGGAUUUUGACAGUCGUAGAGUUACCACACCAUAAUUUGUGACUUUAUUUUUGGGGUCAUUAUUUGGUGCCUCUGCAUUUUGCUUUUUGGAUAAUGUGAGAUCUGUAUUAGUCUGAGUGGACUUUAUGGUGGGCUUUCAAAAGAUUGGGAAAAAACACAUGAAGAUAAGGUGAAAAGGAGUUGAUAAGGUCAAGUUAGGUUUUCCAAAAAAUAAUGGUUUAUAGGUGAACUUUGUGCAAUUAAAUGCUAAUUUUGCUUGUAAUCCCUCUUUCGUUUUAGCAGUUGCGAGACAAAUAAGGUCUUAUCGGACUAUAGACCAAUUUCUUUUAUCCUGUGGUGAUAUCACCAGAUUGAUGGUUGUAAAACAUUCCAUUUAGGUUGUAUUUGGAUGACAGGACUUGCAGACGUGAAAUGAUAAUCUUAUUCAAGUUCUUCCCAUUUCCUCAUUUGGGAGCUCUAGGAUGUAAAAUGUGAUUCGUGUUCAGCUUCCCAUGGCGGAAUGAGAAUACCACAUAAUGGGAAUUUGAUUGCCAUACUCGCCACCAUAACCUCAACUUUCUGGAGGAAUACGAGACAUUUAAGAGGGGGAAAAAUGCUAGAGGGCCCAAAAAAUGUGAAACAUUAUCCGUCAUAUUGAAUUCCUAAACACUCAUUAAAAUUCCACAUGGAAUUUCAUACACACAUGAAUCUUAUUAGUUGCAAUAAGUUUCUUCAUGAGUUGAUUCCUCCAUUUUCUUCUCUACGAUUUCUGCCAUCCAAUGAUAGCCUUAAGUAAAUAACACAAGGUGAGGUAAGGUUGAGACUGGGAGAGAGUUGUGUUAUGAUUGUUAUCACUAUUUUUUUCCUAAGUGGAAAGUGCAGUUCAUCAGUUCGGCAACUAGAAUUGGUUGUCGCUGAAGAUCGCAUAUCUCAUUUUUCCAUGUGUACAAGUAAAUGACCCUGCAGGCAUGCCAAGUUGGGGACCGAAUGCAAAAGAUGAAACUCCUAUCUUUCUCUAGAUUUGCUACAUAUCAUUUAUGCAUCUUCUCUUGAAUUUUGACUUUUUCUUCUGCUCCAUUGCAAUGUCCUCUGGAAGCAAAACCCAUCAUAUCUUGGAAAUUGGACCUUGCAGCAAGUUGGUGGAUAACUUCAACUACUGGAUGUUACAUGGAGAUAUUUAACUUGUCUAAGACAAAUAUUGAUCUAUUUGUGACACCGGUUCUGUUUGCAGGACUUCAUUUUCAUGAACUCUGGCUCUCCUUUGUCUUUAUAGGAUUUGCAACCUAAUAAGUAAAACUAAACUCAUUUGGCCAGAAGCACUGAUACUUCUAAAACCUUGUCGUACUCGUAUCCGUAACAUAUAUCCAGCACCCAGCGUAGAGAUGAAGCUAAGUUGAUAAGACUUAUUUUUUCUAUGCAUGAUUGAAGACAAUGAAGAAUAACGAUUUUGGAGGGUGUGAUAGCUUAACCCAUCAGGGCAUGGCGGACUUAGAAAAGCUGCUUCUGGAGGCAGCAGGAAGAACGGGGAAGAACCGGCAUUCGCCUCCGGCUAGAAGGCAACGCGAUCAUUCAUAUUCUGAUGACUCAGAUGAUGGUCGUGCUUAUGCAAGUAGGAAACACUCUGGAUCUCAAGUCCCUUUGAAGAAGCGGCUUGACCCUACCGAAAGAGAUGACGAUGAUGAUGAUCAGAGCAGCCAGGAAGAAGGUGGUGAUGACGACGACGACGAUGAUGGUGUGGGUUUUGAUCGUGAUGGUGACAGUGGCGACGAUGACUCUAUCGGGAGUGAUCUUUAUAAGGAUGAAGCCGACAGGCAAAAGCUCGCAGAGAUGACGGAACUUGAAAGAGAGAUCAUCUUGUCAGAACGUGCGACCAAGAAAGACGACAAAGUGAUGCGCGAAAAGAUGAGGUCAAAACGGAACGAUAAGACUCCCCAACCUAAAAAGGAGAAAUUAGACAGUAGUCCGCGUCGUACGUCCUCCCGUGGUUUGCGCUCCUCUGCCAGGUCAGCUGACAGAGCAGCAGCCAAGGAUGACGCUUUGAAUGAGUUGCGAGCGAAGCGACUGAAGCAUCAGGACCCUGACGCUCAGCGGAAGCUGAGGGAUACAGCUAGGGGAAAAAGGGGAUCGUCGCCAAUCAAGCGGAAAAACUUCACUGCAGCAACAAGUAUAAGCAGCUCCAGUCGUAGCGAAAGUGGGUCUGAUAGUGAAGACGAGGAGUCGACUGGGGAUGGGGGAAUGAUGGUUGACAGUGACGAAGAAAAGACCUCACGAGAUUCUGACUUGCCAAAAUUUGAGGAUAUAAAGGAGAUAACUAUUCGACGUUCCAAACUGGCUAAAUGGUUAAUGGAGCCCUUUUUCGACGAGUUGAUUGUGGGCUGCUUUGUGAGGGUUGGAAUUGGGAAAUCUAAAACGGGGCCAAUCUACAGGCUCUGUAUGGUUCGCAACGUUGACGCCUCGGACCCUAACCGACAGUACAAGCUUGAGAACAAAACCACAUCCAAGUAUUUGAAUGUUAUUUGGGGUAACGAGAGUUCUGCUGCAAGGUGGCAGAUGGCUAUGGUUUCGGACUCCCCUCCUAUCAAGGACGAGUUUGACCAGUGGGUUAGGGAGGUGGAGCGGAGUGGCGGUCGGAUGCUUAGCAAACGGGAAGUGGUUGAAAAGAGGGAAGCGAUACUAAAGACCAACACGUUUGUCUAUUCGGCUGCCACCGUGAAGCAGAUGUUGCAGGAGAAGAAAUCUGCGACGCGGAGGCCGAUGAACGUGGCGGCGGAGAAGGACCGCCUGAGGAGGGAGAUGGAGGCGGCCAAGAGUAGGAAUGAUGAGGUGGAGGCUGAGAGGAUCAAGGAGAGACUGGAGGAACUGGAGGCGUCACGGCAAGUUCAAGGGAAAGAUGCUAAGGCUAUAAGGCUGGCGGAAAUGAACAAAAGGAAUAGGGUUGAGAAUUUCAAAAAUGCGUCCGGACUGAAAUCGGCGAAUAUGGGUUUGAAAGCAGGUGAGGCAGGGUACGACCCGUUUUCGAGGCGGUGGACUAGGUCAAGGAAUUACUAUGUUUCGAAGGCUAACGAAGGAGGAGCAGAUGAGGCUGCAGAAGAGGUGGCAGUGGUGACAAAUGACGAUGAUGAUGCUACCACCACAACAGGUGGUGUGGCCGCCACAGCUGCCGCCUUGGAAGCAGCAGCAGAUGCUGGUAAGUUGGUGGACACUCGCGCUCCGGUGGAUCAAGGGACGGAGUCGAAUGUGCUGCAUGAUUUCGACCUGCCAAUCUCUUUGGCGGUGCUUCAGAGGUUCGGUGGGCCCAAAGGAGUCCAAGCGGGGUUCAUGGCAAGAAAGCAGAGGAUAGAAGCAACGGUUGGAUGCCAAGUCCCGGUUAACGAUGGAAGGAGACAUGCAUUGACACUUACUGUAAGCGACUACAAGAGACGCAGGGGGCUGCUUUGAACAAUUUGCUCUGGUGAAUGUCAUUUCCAGUUUCCCAAGUUCACACUAGUAAUUUUUUAAUUCCCUGAACCUGAUAUCUAUCUAUACUGUCUAGAUCAGGAGUAAAUUGAAAUUGUUGCGACUGUAAUUUGAACUCAGAAAUUCCUACUUACACUGUUUAGAGUUGUGUGUGGAAUAUUUUCUGGGGUUGAAUUGGGACAAAAAAAUGGGCAUGCCGGUGAGCUGUUCUUAUCUUA